CGUGCUCUUGCUUCAUUGUGCAAUGAUAUUUGAAAAGUAGCAGAAGAACACAAAAACAUUGUCGUGUUUUGGAACGUGGUUUGCCGCGAAUUUCAUUUGUUAUUACUUAAAACUUUGUUAAACACUUUGAAAUGCUGAAAUUGUGGAACUAUUCGUUAUCUAGACUUAAAACUUCUGUUAAAAAUUAUAAUGUUGUUGAAAAAGCUGAAAAAGUUUUGGAAACAGAAAAACGUGCUGCACCUAGACAUCCAGGGACUGAAGUUAAAUUUCAAGUUUUAAUUAAAGAUAGAAGACACAACAUCUAACUAAAAAAAAUUAUGUAACUGCUGACAUGAACUUGAGGAAUGGAAGAUGAAUAUGAAAGCUAUGAUGGCUUUGAGCCUAAGUCUCCGAGUGCUGUAGAUUUUUAUGACUUUGAUGAUGUAUUGUCUGAUGAAGGAGAACUUGAAGAUUCUACACACAAAACUGUUAUUGAUCAUGUAAACUUUCAUACGAACUCAAGUUUGCCUCUCCCUCCUCUAACACAAACUGAUGAGGUAGUAUUCGGCAAGGGGGACAAACCUCUUGCAGCAGUUCUUCCUGCUAAGUACCAAGAUUCUGAUGUAAAUAGUCUUUUUCCUGAUUAUCAUCCUGAUAAAAGUUUAAGACAUUUGAAGAUAUUUAAAAUCGCCAAACAUAACUUGCCAAAUCUUUGGCGAGGUGUUAGACGUAAGAAGGAUACGAAAAGUGUGAAUCCUAAGGUUGAGAUCAAAUUACAGAAAGAAUUAGAAAUAGAAUCUGAUGAAGAAAUUAAAUUUUUGUCUGAUAAAUCAUAUUCAAAGCCUAUCGAUAAUCCAGAAAGCAAUGUUAACAGUAAACCUUUAAACAAUGCAUGGAGGUUUGGUGCUGCAAAACUAUGGUAUGACAUGGUUGAAGUACCUGAAACAGCAGAAACAUAUGACUAUGGCUUUAAACUAAAAGAAAAAAAUGAGGAUUAUUCAAUUGAAAAUGAUUCUUCUUGUGAUGCAUAUUUAAUGGUAAAUCAAAUGAGCUGGGAAAAUGAUGUGAUAUGGGAUGGAGAGGAUGCUAAAGAAGAAGUUAUGCAAAAGAUAAUGAAUGUUGACAAACCAGCUGGAUGGAUACCAUUCCUCGCCGAUCGCACUGUAUCUGGUUUCCAAGAGUAUACCAAAGGUACUAUCAACCGACAAGAUAAUUUUAUGAAAACAUCUUAUGAGGGCAAUAAAAUGUUUCUGAGUAAUAAAGUUAAGAAAACAGAAUUCCAAUCUAUGUUUCCUGCAGAAAACCCUUUACUUAUUUACGAUCGAUGGGAAGAUGAUGUGAUUUGGGAUCCUGAUAACAUGGCUAGAAUAUCUUAUCCCAAAGUGUUAGAGGUUGAUGACGAUAAUAUCAUCAUAGAUAUUCCAGAGGAUAAACCGCCAAUUGUUGAACCUUUGGAAACAACUAAAGAUUGUAAAAAUAAAAAACCACGUCCUCAGCCUAAAAAGAUUGAGGAAGAAGAAGAGGAAAGUUCAGCUAUGAACAAACCAGAUUUCUUUAACAUUUCUAAUGAUGAGUAUUACAACCCAAAGAUGACUCAAGAGACUGCUUUGAAACUUAGCUAUAGUGGUAGCUUUUUACAGCAUUCCAUUCCUGCUGUUGAAUUGAGGCCUCCAUAUUUCCCAACUCAUUUAGGACUUACUGCAUUGCAACGUUUUCACAGACCUACUCUUAAAAUUUAUUCUCAUGGGCCAUUUGCAUAUUUUGGUGAUUUUCAUGGAGUUCAUUCUCUUCAAAAACAUAUUCAGCGAAAAAGACGUGAAAGAGAAAAGGAACUUGAAGAAUCUGGUGGUGGGGAAAUGUUCUUUAUGCGUACUCCAGCAGAUCUAAGUGCCCAAGAUGGAGAUUUAGUUCUGUUUGAAUUUUGUGAAGAAUUUCCACCUUUAAUGAAUCAAGUUGGAAUGGCUUCUAAGAUUAGAAACCAUUAUCGUAGAAGACCUGGAAAAGAGACGCCUUUAAAACAGUAUGAGUAUGGGGAAACAGCCUAUCACAAUUCUCCUUUUCUAGGCACCCUUCAACCUGGUGAGAGUCUUCAAGCUUAUGAAAAUCAUUUAUACCGAGCUCCAAUUUAUGAACACAGUAUGCAAAGCACAGAUUUUUUAAUCAUACGAACUAGAUAUCAAUAUUUUAUUCGUGAAGUAAAGACUCUAUAUACUGUUGGUCAGCAACUCCCUCUUGUAGAGGUACCUGCUCCAAAAUCUGAAAAAACUAAAAGUUUUCUUAAAGACUUUUUAAAUGUUUUUAUCUAUCGUUUGUUUUGGCAAAGUCCGGAAGCUCCUCGAAAAAUUAGAAUUGAAGCUGUAAAAAAGGCUUUUCCUUCAAUAAGAGAAUUCAGUAUUAGAAAACGUCUAAAUCAGUGUGCAACAUUCCAAAGAACUGGUGGGGGUACUAAAUUUUGGAUUCUCAAUGAACAGUUCAGACUACCCUCUGAGGAGGAAAUCCGACAAACAAUAUCACCUGAGCAGUGCUGUGCAUACUAUAGCAUGCUUUCUGCAGAACAAAGACUAAAAGAUGCUGGUUAUGGUGACAAAUUAGUGGCUGCAGAGGAAGAUAAUGAGUUUUUUCAAACAAAGCUCGAGGAUGAAGUCAAGGCAGCUCCUUGGAACACUACGCAAGCUUUCAUAGCUGCUGCUGAAGGCAAAUGUAUGUUGGAGUUAAAUGGUCCUACUGAUCCUACGGGCAUUGGUUUGGGCUUUUCUUAUGUGAGGAUUCCAAAUAAACCUCAAGUUCCAAAGGACGAUAACCAAAAUCCAGCUAAGCGUCUUGUUAGAGGAACAGAUGCUGAUUUGAGGAGACUUUCACUUAGUGCUGCUAAGAAACUCUUAAAAAGUUUCAAUGUCCCUGAUAAGGAGAUUAAAAAUAUGACCCGAUGGGAGAUAGUACAUGUUGUCCGUACUUUAUCUACAGAACAGGCUAAAUUAGCAGAGGGAGGAGCUGUACCUAAAUUUGCUCGAGGUAAUUUCCAUAGUCAAGCAGAACAUGCCAAGAGGUAUAAAGAAGAGUGCCAACGUUUAUUUGAUUUGCAAAAUAGUGUUCUGUCUUCAAAUGAAGUUUUGUCUACUGAUGAGGAUACUAGUUCAGAAGAAGACUCAGAUAUUGAAGAGAUGGGAAAGCAUAUUGAAAGUAUUCUUUCAGAUAAGAAAACAGCUGAUGAACUUUCACAUGAAAGUGAAGAAGCACAAAGGAAAGAUUUGCAAAAGAUGCUUGCAUCAGAGCUGCCAAUUAAAGAUAGCCUCAAAGCAAAAGAAGAUAAACCACCAAGUAUUGAAGGAAAAAUUUUGAAGAUCUACAGAACAUAUAAAAACAGUGAUGGAACAGAUUAUGAACGCAUUGAGAUUGUAAGGAGACCUGCUGUUGUGGAACUGUAUACAAAAAUUAGAGAAACUAAAAAUGCAGAGUUUGUAAAAAGUUAUUCGAUGGACGAAGAACAAAAAGAGGCAAUAAGGAAAGAAAAGAGGCGAAUACAAGAUCAGUUGAGAAGAAUUAAACGGAAUGAAUUAAAAGAGCGUACGUUUGAGCCUGUUAGAAAGAGAGCAAAGGUUGAAACUCCUUCUUCAAAAGUGACAUGUGGAGCUUGUGGACUAAGUGGUCAUAUGCGAACUAAUAGAGCUUGCAAAAUGUAUCAAAAUACUCCAUCACUUCCACCUGUACAAGUUGCCAUGACAGAGGAACAAGAGGAAGCUGCUGAAAAAAAUGCUUUAAAUGAUCAAAAUCUCAUUCAAUGUGAUGAAACAAAAAUAAUUUUGUCCAAGCAACUUGUUCAACAUGCUGAUGAAGUUCGAAAAAAAUCAUUGGUUAUUAAAAUUCCUAAAGAUACAUUAGCGGCUGCUAAAAAGAAAAGAACUAGCGAAUUAACAAAUUCUGACUAUCUAAGUACACCUAAGAUGAUUAAUCGUAAAAGAACAGAUCCCUUGGUGUCCAUUAGUGUCAUAUUUGAGAAUCUCAUCAAUGAGCUUAAAGCAUUACCCCAUACUCAACCAUUUUGGAUACCUGUUAGCAUUAAACUUGCUCCUGACUAUUUUACGCUAAUUGAAAGACCAAUGGAUUUGCACUCUAUGAAAGAGCAGAUACGUCAACACAAGUACAAAAGUAGAGAAGAUUUCAUUAAAGAUUUACAGCAGAUCAUAGAUAACAGUUCAAAAUACAAUGGACCCCAUAGCUUUCUGACUAUAACUGCCCACACUUUGCUAGAGCAUUGUUUUAAAAUAUUCUCCGAAAAAGAAGAGAGGCUGAUGGAACUAGAAAAAGCUAUUAAUCCUCUUUUAGAUAAUGAUCAAGUAGCUUUCUCUUUUAUGUUAGAAUCUAUAGUUACUGAUUACUUAAAAACUGUCCCCGAGUCAUGGCCUUUUCAUAAACCUGUUGAAAAACGAGUGGCUAAAGGUUAUUAUGAUCUAAUAGAACAACCUAUAGAUUUGAGUGCAAUUAUAAAUUACUGUAAAGCUCAUAAGUAUAGUACGAGACAAGCAUUUAUAGAUGAUGUUGAACUAAUGUAUUCAAAUAGCGAGCGUUUUAAUGGGGUUGAUCAUUCUUAUACAAAAAAAGCACGUGAAAUUGUAGAAAGAUGCCAUGAAUCAUUAUCAUUGUACAGUGAACAGCUAGAAAAACUAGAGGCUGGGUUGAAAAACUCUAAUGGAGUCAAUCCUGUUGUGAACAAUAUUUUAGUACCAAAGAGAACUAGAAAAGUUGGUAGACCCAAACUUAAUGCUGAUUAUGGGGCACCUCCAUCAAAGUACAAUGGCUCUGUUGACACCGAUUCAUUUAUAGAUGUUGAAUCAUUGGAUACUAUCCCAGAUGCUGUCUACGAAAAAGAAUCGAACAAUUCAGAUAAAAGUGAAAGUAUUCAAUGUGACUCGCAACAUUCAAAUGCUAAUGAUUUAGAUCUUUCAGAAAAUAGUGAUGAUGAUCAAGUUGAUAAUAAAGAUUGUGGUGAUAAUAACAAUCAUAUUGCAUCUAAUUCUUUUCUGGAAGAUUUGGACUUGUCAGAAAGUGAUCCUGAGAGUCAAAAUGAUGCUGACAGGUUUCAAGAAGUACACUUGCCUUCAGCGUCUUUGCCUGAGACUUAUAAUCCUAAUUCAAAUAGUGAUUUUACUAGUCCGACAGUGUCAUCUAAAACUCAGAGCUUACAGCAUAUUAAUGGCUUUAUGGAAGUGGAGAGUUAUGGUGAUGAUUCCAAUAUGAACUUUCAGUUACCAGACUCUCAAAUUACCUGUGAUAAUAUUUGUGAUGAUUUAAUUGUAAGUGAUAGUGAGUCUGAGGACAUGCCCAUGGAGCAUGUUUUGCAGUUCUAAUUUGUUUUUCUUUAAAGUUCAAAAUUUCCUGUUAAAUUUAGUUUUCCAUUAUCAGUCUUAACUAUUGAACUUUUAUUCAGAUACAUUUAAUGGUCAGAUACAUAUGUUUGUUUUCUCAAAUUUUUGCCAAUUUUAUUUAAAAUUAUCUGUAAAAUGCAUGUAGUUUAAAAGACUUGUAUGUAAACAUUCCAGUCUGCAUUGAACCAUCCUAUAUUCUUCUCUGUUUAUGUUUAAAAAAUAAUUUUGAUGAAAUAUUUUAUUGUUAGGUUAAAUAAUUAAUAAAAAAGUCUGGGAAUAAUAAAUAUUGCCAUUCUGUUGAACCCAUUACAAUCAUGGUAAAGUUAAAAGGUGUUUCCUACUGUGAUUUAAAAAAAAAAAAAAAAAAGACAAGCUAAAAACUAUUUUUUUACCUUCCAGUUUAACCUUCUUUCAACAUCUUAUAUCUCAUAGUAUUUUAUUUUAGUCUUGUGAAUUUCAUGUUUGGUCCUACAAUUUCCAUCCUAAGCCUGUUAAAUUUUAUGAACAUCAAACAAAAAAUUUUAAAUUUGAAGCAUAUAUUUUAAAGUAACUUCUAGCUACCCUACAAUAAUGGAAGAGACACUUUUUGACAUUUUCUAAAAUCUCUCAAGAUAUACUUAUAUGAUUAAUUUGUGUUUUUAGGGGUGUUUAGUUCAUGCGAUUUUUCAUACUUAGCAAUAUUAUUAAAGAAAAGAUUUCAGAGGUUUGAGGGACCAUCAAUUGUGAAGUGAAUCGUAUUUGGCGACUUAUGAAAAAGUCUGAUUUAAAUAUCUUAAUAAUUUGAAAAGUUUUAAGUAGUUUUCUAAGAAACCUUUGUACUUAAAAAAAAAGGUUCUAAUUGAUAAGGGGUUUCCCUCAAAUUUUUUUUUGUUUCAUAGAACAAAAUUUCAAAACAUAAUACCUUAAAUAUACUUUCACGGUGGAAGAUCCCCUUACAUUGUCAGUGUUAUUUUGAAUCACUCUUGUUUAAUAGAACAAAAUAUAACUUCAA